AUGAAUAGUACACUUUUGCAUGAAACCCUAGCCCCAAACUUCCAUAUAUAUUAAACAGUUAAUGACAAAAUCAACACACAUAAACACAUACACACUUCUAAUUAAAUUACCUAUCAUCAAUUCCAAUGGCAUCAUCCAUGACCAUGACCACCUCGUUCUUUGGUGGCGCCCUCGCCACGAAGCCGGCCACGGUCACCACCUGUCGCAGCCAGCUGGCGGUGAGGGCCUCGAUGGACUGGGAGAAGGCGGUGGCGGUGGCGGCCGAGACAACCAACACGAGGCGGGGCCUCGUGUUGGCAGGGAUGGCCGCGGCAGCAGCGUCGUCAGUAGCAAAAGCCGCGACGGCUGCCGAACUGAUUCCCGGCGGGUAUACGCCGGUGAAGGAUCCAAGUGCACGGGAGUAUUUUAUACUGGCGACAUUCGCGGUGUCGGAACAAAACAAACGGAUUAAUGAGGCCUUGACUUUGGAGUCUGUGUUAAAGGUUGAGACGCAGGUGGUGGCUGGUGUGAAUUACAAGCUGGUGCUCACCGCGAGGGAUGAACGCCGCGUAACCAACAAAUACGAGGCCAUUGUUUAUUCCCAGGCUGCGCCAACAUCCCUACAGCUCACUUCCUUCAACACACUUCUUCAAUAGAAGGUGCCGGCGGAAUCCUAAAAGCAACAGAAUGCUCAUGUAUUAUCAGUUACUAUUAAAGUGUGUCAAAAAACUAAUCUCCACCGUUUAGUACUUUUCCUAGCCUCUACGUAAGGCCUUUUAUUUGUAAUUUAAUUUGGAGAUACUUUUUUCAUCAAUAAAAGAUAUGCCUCGAGUUAGCACUCGAGAGCACCUUCGUUUC